UACUAAUAUUUGACAAGGCUACUUUGUCGGGAAUGGAUUCUGAGUCAGACCAGUCUCAUCAUAUACUAGACCCUUGGUGACCUAUGCACUCAUCGUUGCAAAGCAAGCGAAAUUCCAGCUAGGAAGAGAAUCUAUUAAUUAGUCCAACCUUAGCGUUGCUUCCCUUCCCACUUUCAUUCAUCCACAAAAAAAAAAAACACAUCCGGCAAGUCCUUGACAGGAGAGAUGAAGCCAUUGAAAUUCAACCUACUAGAAGUCUUCCUGUUUCUGACUUUGUAUUACACAUGCGCCGUAGCUGAAGAGAAGAUCCAGCAAACCGAAAGGACUUACAUAGUUCAUAUGGACAAGUCCCACAUGCCAGAAAGUUUCACUGAUCACUCCUUAUGGUAUGACUCAUCUUUAAAAUCUGUCUCAGACUCGGCAUCCAUGCUUUACGCAUAUGAAUAUGUCAUCCACGGUUACUCCACGAGGCUAACAGCUGAGGAAGCUGAAACACUACGAAAACAACCUGGAAUUCUCUCUGUCCUGCCUGAAGUCAGAUACGAAUUGCAUACAACUCGAACACCAGAGUUCCUUGGAUUAGGAAGGAGCAGUGAUCUCUUCCCCACUUCUAAUUCAAUGGGUGAAGUGAUUGUUGGCAUAUUGGACACAGGCGUUUGGCCCGAGCUGAAAAGUUUUGAUGAUUCGGAGCUUGGGCCAAUACCAGCUGGCUGGAAAGGCGAGUGUCAGGUAGGCAAAAAUUUCAACUCAUCAAGCUGCAACAGGAAGCUAAUUGGUGCCAGGUUUUUUUCAAAAGGGUAUGAAGCUGCGUUUGGACCUAUUGAUGAAACCAUGGAAUCAAAGUCCCCGAGAGAUGAUGAUGGACAUGGAACUCACACAGCAACUACAGCAGCCGGGUCAGUUGUGCCUAAUGCUGAAUUGCUUGGAUAUGCUUCUGGAACAGCACGUGGGAUGGCUUCACAUGCCCGAGUUGCUGUCUACAAGGCGUGUUGGCUUGGUGGGUGUUUUGGCACUGAUAUUCUAGCAGCCAUGGACGCAGCUGUUGCUGAUGGAGUGGAUGUUUUAUCAAUGUCUAUUGGGGGAGGAAUGUCGGAGUAUUAUGGUGACACCGUCGCCAUUGGAGCAUUCACAGCAGCAGCACAUGGAAUUUUUGUAUCUUGCUCAGCCGGAAAUAGCGGACCCAUGCCAAGCAGCUUGUCAAAUGUUGCUCCAUGGAUAACCACCGUAGGUGCUGGAACAUUGGACCGUGAUUUCCCCGCCUCUCUUACUCUUGGAAACGGCGACAAAUACUCUGGCGUGACACUUUAUAAUGGAAAGCAGUUACCUGAUUCCUUGGUGCCACUAGUUUAUGGUGGUAGUGUGAGUCAUUCAAGUAGUGGAAGUUUUUGCAUGGCUGGAAGUUUGAUUCCAGAAAAAAUUUCUGGGAAAAUUGUGGUAUGUGAUCGAGGGGGUAGUGCGAGGGUGCAAAAAGGAGUGGUGGUGAAGGCUGGUGGUGGUGUAGGGAUGAUUUUAUCAAACACUGAUUCUUAUGGAGAAGAGCUAGUUGCUGACGCGCAUCUCUUACCUUCAGCAGCCGUUGGGCAGAAGGCUGGGGGUGCAAUCAAGAAAUAUAUAUCUUCCAAUCCUAAUCCAACAGCCACAAUUGGUCCUGGAACCACAAAGUUAGGCGUUCAACCAUCUCCCGUGGUAGCAGCAUUCAGUUCUAGAGGACCAAAUCCAGUCACUCCAGCAAUACUUAAACCAGACAUUAUCGCACCAGGAGUAAAUAUCCUUGCUGGGUGGACUGGCGCAGUUGGUCCUUCUGGAUUAGAUAGUGACAAAAGGCAUGUAAACUUCAGCAUCAUUUCAGGCACAUCAAUGUCAUGCCCCCAUGUUAGCGGGUUAGCUGCACUUCUCAAGGCUGCUCAUCCUGAAUGGAGUCCAGCAGCCAUUAAAUCUGCUCUGAUGACCACAGCCUACACAACUUACAAAAGUGGUGAAAAAAUCAAGGAUGUCGCAACUGGAGGACCAGCAACGCCAUUCGAUUAUGGUGCUGGGCAUGCAGAUCCAGUUGCAGCCCUUGAUCCUGGCCUUGUCUAUGAUGCCAAUGUUGACGACUAUCUUGGUUUUCUUUGUGCCUUGAACUAUACACCAGAACAAAUUAAGAGCACAACGCACAGAGACUUCACCUGCCAUACAAGCAGUAAGUACACCCUGGGAGAUUUUAAUUACCCAUCCUUCGCUGUUCCUCUGGAAACUGCCUUAGGCGGAGAGGGUGGUGCUGGCGUCUCAAGCACCAUAAAAUACACUAGGACCCUUACUAAUGUUGGUGACCCGGCAACCUACAAAGUUUAUUUGCAUUCACAGACCCAAGCAGUAAAAAUCUCGGUUGAGCCAGCAACACUAAGUUUCAGUGCCCAAUACGAGAAAAAGAGCUAUACCGUGACAUUCACAGCUACCUCUAAGCCAUCUGGUACAACCAGCUUCGCCCGUCUGGAAUGGUCAGAUGGAAAACACAUUGUUGGUAGCCCAAUAGCUUUCAGCUGGACAUAACCAUGACAAAAAUUGGGUUCAUGAUUCUAAUAUUGGGACUGCCAAGUGCCAUUAAAGCACGAGUGAUCUCUCUUACAGAGUGAUGAAUACUGUCUUUGUAGUAUUUACAUUACAGCAACUGUGCAGGCAGAGCCAGCUGUGUUUAUAAAUAUUCUCCAAGAAACUGAGGGGAGCAUAAAUUAAAAAAAAAAAGUCAGGACAAGGUGGGAAAUAACUGUACAGUGACCUACCUGUAUAAGGAACUGGCAAGUGAAGUUAGAUUGGAUUCCUAGUUAUAAUUCAUGUUUUCUAAAUCUUACAUACUUCUAAAUUCCUGUC